AUGAGCCUGGCGCGACUGCUUCCCCGCGCGGCGCUGCGUGCGCCGUGCGUGCCGCGCGUGCCGCUGCGUGCCCUGAGCACGGCGGUGAACAAGGAUGAAGGAAGGGGCGCGCUGAUGCGUGUGCUUUCCGACUCGAUCAAGGCGACCGGCCCGCUGACCGUGCCGACGUACAUGCAGGCCUGCCUGACGAACCCCGAUUAUGGCUACUACGCCGGCAAGAUGCACGACGAGGUGCACGGGAUCCUGGGUGCACGCGGCGACUUUAUCACCUCGCCCGAGAUCAGCCAGGUCUUUGGCGAGCUGCUCGCCGUCUUUUUCGUGUCGCGCUGGCAGGCGGCCGGCAUGCCGCGCAAUGUGCGCAUCGUCGAGCUGGGCCCCGGCCGCGGCACGCUGCUGAGCGAUAUGCUGCACACCUUUUCCGCGUUCCCCGAGAUGAUGUCGGCGAUCAAGACGCUCGAGAUGGUCGAGGCGUCGCCGUCGCUCCUCGCGCAGCAGGAACAAUCGAUCUCGGCGACGCUCCAGCGCCACAGCAAGAAGCUUGUCUCGCCCGCGACGCCCCUUGCCGAGCUCGGCGAGAACGAGAUGCGUGCAGAGUGGUUCCCAUCGUACCAUGGCGUGAAUGUCGACCCCGACGCGUGGACCAUCGUUGUUGCGCACGAGUUCUUUGACGCCCUGCCCAUCCACAUCUUUGAGAAGAAGCUCGAGGGGUGGCGCGAGGUCUUGGUCGACAUUGAGACCGACGCGAACAAGUCCGGCGUCACGGUCCUCAAAGCUUCUGACCUCGCCAAGCCAAAGAAGGACGACGAGCCCCGUCUGCGCUUUGUCGUGUCCCCCGGCGCGACGCCUUGGUCGCAGCUCCUUGCGGCCAAGAACGAGCGCUUCCGCAACCUGCAGCCCGGCCAGCGCGUCGAGGUGAGCCCGUUGAGCUGGGCGGUGGCCCGCCGCAUCGGCGAGUGGGUCUCGGGCUACGAUGCGCUAAAGGUCAAGAACGACGGCAGCGCCGAGGAGCUCACCGACGAGCAAAAGAAGGAGCGUGCGCGCCCCUCGCAGGGCGGCUGUGCGCUGGUCGUCGACUACGGUGCGGCGCGUUUCUUUAGCGACAGUUUCCGUGGCUUCCGCGACCACAAGAUUGUGAGUCCGCUGGAGCUGCCCGGCCAGUCGGACCUGACGGCGAACGUCGAUUUUUCCUUCCUGCAGUCGGCAAUUGCCACGACGGAUGCCGCGUCGCACGGUCCCAUGACGCAGCGCGACUUUCUCGGCAGCCUCGGGCUGGGCCUCCGUGUAAAGAAGCUCGUCGAGGACAAUGGGCCGUCGCGCGCCAAGGACAUUGAACAGGCCGCGUCGCGCCUCAUCGACAGCACCGGCAUGGGCACGCAGUACCAGGUGAUGUGCAUCGAAGCCGCGCAGGCAUCACACGCUGGCGAGCGCGAAAACCAAGAAGUCUAUCCCUUUUUGUAG